AUCUUGGCACUGUCAGCAGUCUCCUCUCCUUUGCUUUUGCAACUAAUAACUUCACCAUUCCACCCCCUUCCUUCUUUAUCACUUUUUCCUCUCAUUCCCUUACUCUCAUCUUCAACCUCUAACAAAGACAAAAUAGACAAUGCAGAUGCAGGAUCUGCAUGUUCAUUUUCUCUGCCUUCUUAUACUCUUUUGUUUAAAUUAAACUGAGAUAAUUAAAAAUUCCCUUUUUUAAUUUGAUGUUCAGUGUUGACUUUUGAUUCUUACUCUGACUCAUUGUCUUCGUUCGCAAUGUUUCUACUUGUUUUAGUAAGCUCAGUUACUUGAAGUUCCUGAGAAAAAAAAAAUCCUUUAUUUUUUUUUCGUUCUUUCUUUUAGCGUCACAUUUUCCACACCAAAAUCAGUUUUUUUUUUCUUCACUUUUACUUUUUGUUUCUUGGGUUGUCCUAUUCAGAGUUGGCUUGAUCUCUUCUCCUGUGUUGUUUUUGUUGUUGUUGAUAUUAUUUUUAUUAUUAUUUUGGGUUGAUUUGAUUUGAUACUCAUUUAAUUUUUUUUCACUCUUUUCUUGGUCUCCUAUUGCGACCUUUGUUGUUUUUCUAUUGCUUGUUAUGAUAGUUACGUAAUGUUUACUUGAUUGAUCUUCUAUGUAGAAAUGAGUUGUUGGGUCUCUCUGCAUUUCUUGAUUGACGAGAUCAUAUCAUAACUUUCUUUCGUCCUUUUCUGCUUUUGCGGUUUUCACUUUAUCUCUUGUGUUUCUCUGCUGCGGGAAACCACACUUUGUUUGUAUUACUUUGUUCUCUCUCUAUCUGAACUUUCCAUUUACCAAGGUUUCUGCUCUUCCUGGUUGCAGAGGUAAAAACCAAGGAAAAGGCUAUCAGAGUUUGUAACUGAAUUCCGCUUCAUAUGUUGAUCUCAAGAUUCUGAACCGGGUUAGCUAGUUCAAGUAUUGUGUUGUUACUAGUUUCAUACUUGUAUUUUUCUCAUUUCUACAUUUUAUCUUUCUAAGGUUCUUGAUAUUUUAGGUCAAUUUUUUUAAAAAUUAUUUUAUAUUUUUGAAUCUCUAUUUUUCCUCCUCUUCCUUGUAAGUGACGACGCAAGGGAGAAGCUCUUCAAGUACUGCUAAGAGGAAAAUUGAAUAAAAUAUCAGAAGUGUGUUUUAGUUUGCCAUUGGAGAUUUUGGUGGUUAACCCCUUAAAAAUUGAAGAUAGGACAAAGAGACUCUCUGUGUUGUGCGUCUUUGUUUUCGUCAUUUCUUUAAGUAUGGCAGGGUUUCUGGAUUUAAUUAUUUCAAACUCUCUAUUUCGAUGCUGUCAAUGUGAAUCCUGAUGAAAGACAAAUGACCAGACAGAAUUUUAGUAUUUUCUAUUACCUGUUCACAUGUCAAGACUUUUAUAUGCCUAUAGCUCCAUUAGUAGAGUCUUUGUUUCUUUCUUAUAUUUUAAUUCUUUACAUGCAACAAUGGCUUGAUUCUUUCAGUCCAUAUAUUAACUAUUAAAUUCCUGUGUCUUCUUCUGGCCAGCUGAUUUCAUUAUCCAUUCGUAUAGCUUUCGGCAAAUUGUGCUUUGACCAAGAACCAAGGACCCCAGUUUUCAACUGCAAGGUGUAAAUUGUCUAAUACUUUGUGUGUGUGAUAGAAUCUUUGGGGUCAGGAUUGUUUACUCAGUUGACUAGGCUUGGAAUCUGAGAGUUUGAUAUGAGAUCUGUUGUGUAAAAGGAAGGAACUUGACAUUAUUUCUAUUCGACCUGAUGUCUUCAUUCUGGAAUUGAGUAAAUGGGCUGUUGUGUUUCAACAAGCAGUAAGAGUGCUUGUAGUAGCAGAAGCAAUGGAGACACAGUCUCUCCGACGUGUCUAGAUAUUGGAUUCUGUGGUCAAAAGAGUGCCAGGAGAACAUUCUCUGAUCAUGUUGUCUCUCUGCAUCAAGUACCCAACAGAAUUUUCACCAAUGGAAAGAGCAGAUCUUCUUGCAUAUUUACACAGCAGGGUCGUAAGGGCAUUAAUCAGGAUGCCAUGAUUGUAUGGGAAGAUUUCAUGUCAGAAGAUGUGACCUUUUGUGGUGUCUUUGAUGGCCAUGGUCCACAUGGUCACCUUGUUGCACGCAAAGUCAGGGAUGCAUUGCCAAUUAAACUGCUUUCAUUUUUGCAUUCCUCUGAAUCGGGGCGAAAUGGUUUAGGCAAAGUUUGUUUCAAAGGGAACACAGAGCCUGAAAGUGGAGAAUCUCAGAAGGAUUUGUCUGCUGAAGAUAAACUGAAUUCUAUGUGGAGAGAAGCUUUCAUGAAGGCAUACAAGGCUAUGGACAAAGAGCUGAGGUCUCAUCCAAAUUUGGACUGCUUCUGUAGUGGGAGCACGGCUGUCACUAUAGUGAAGCAGGGUUCAAAUUUAUUCAUGGGCAAUAUUGGAGAUUCCCGGGCAAUCAUGGGAUCUAAGGACAGCAAUGACUCCAUGGUGGCAAUUCAGUUGACUGUUGAUUUGAAGCCUGAUUUGCCAAGAGAAGCAGAACGAAUUAAACGGUGCAAGGGUAGGGUAUUUGCAUUACAGGAUGAGCCAGAAGUUCCUAGGGUGUGGUUGCCUUUUGAUGAUGCACCUGGAUUAGCAAUGGCUAGAGCAUUUGGAGAUUUUUGCUUGAAGGAGUACGGUGUGAUUUCUAUUCCUGAAUUUUCUCAUCGGCUGCUUACAGACAGAGAUCAGUUCAUUGUUCUUGCUUCAGAUGGGGUAUGGGAUGUUUUGAGUAAUGAAGAGGUAGUUGAGAUAGUAUCUUCAGCUCCAACUCGUUCAUCAGCGGCAAGGAUUCUGGUGGAUUCUGCUGCUCGUGAAUGGAAACUUAAAUAUCCUACAUCAAAAAUGGAUGAUUGUGCUGUUGUCUGCGUAUUUUUGGAUGGGAAAAUGGAUUCAGAAUCUGAUUGUGAGGAGCAAGGCUUUUCUGCUGCAAGCCUCCACAGCAACCAUUCGGGUAAUCCAGUUGAGUCAGAUGAUGGUCAAAAGCCUGAACCAUAUUUGCAAAGGAACUUUACUGUGAGAUCUUCAGAAGAAAAUGAAAACUAUGGAGGACAAGGAGGAGUAGCUGUUGAUGUUGAAGAUGGAAUAUUAUCAACUGAUGAUCAAAACUGGUCAGGUCUAGAGGGUGUCACCCGUGUAAACUCACUUGUUCAACUUCCUAGAUUUUCUGAGGAAAGGCCAAAAUCUUGAGUUUUGUUGGUUCAGUGGGAUUGUAAUACCUGUAGCUACACACUGAAUUCAUCAAAGAAAAUCUUUCUUUGGUUAAUUGCAUGUAGUAAACGAUGCUUAAUUAAGGUCACCAAAAAUGGAUUCAGUAUGAUGCAAGGCAUUAAUAACAUAAGCUCACAUGAGGCAAUGACAUUCGUAGU